GGUGUCACACAGUAUCACAUGGCCGCAUCCAGAAAGUAGCGCCCGCCGCCGACACUCGCUUUCGUUGACACACUUCUUAUCGCCCUUACCGCUGUCUUUGCAAUCGUCGCUAUCGAUGUCCAGCUGGCGACAAAGUCGGCAGCAGCGUCGCAAGCGUCGUCAGGCAAGCGAGCGUCAUACAUCACCGCCGGCUCCUGAAGUCGAAGACGAGGCGUUUUCCGACCUGCCGGGUUUCUACUACGACGCUGAACUGAAGCGAUACUUCCGACUGCUGCCAGGCUGUAACAGAAACAACCCUGUUACCCGGGCCACGAUCCGGGCCAAGAGGGCCGAACAGGACUGCGAGCGGAUCGUCCGUGAGAGCCUCCAGCGCAACUGUCGCCCGCUUCCCCGGAGCCUCACUUCUCUGCAACUCGGCAGGCUAGGCACAGGCAAGUUCACCGAUUCCGUCCGCUCUGCACAGAUGGCGUCCCUCCAACUCGCCUCCGAAAUUGACCUCUCUACCACCGCGGACCGAGACGACGUCGAAUCCUCGGGAGGGGUGAUAUCGGGCGUCGAGGAAUGCGCUUACCUCGUCGGUCACCCCGGAGCCGAGCUCUUGAUCGGCUCGUGGGCCACCAAAACCCCGAGCGGACAGCGGGGAUCCCUCGUUCGGACGCUGCACGUGACCAGGGAAGGCAUCAAACCCGGGAGGAUAGUCAACGUUCACCCGCAGCACAAGGUGGUGGACGUCUGUAUCACGUCGAGAAACGGUCGCCCCCACGCUCUGUACGCCUGCGUCAACACGGACUGUACCACGACGCCGAGCAGCUUCGUCGCCCUGCAUCCGAUCGGACCCGUCUCGAGUCCGAGGGACUACGACGGCUCGGAGACCCGGGAGUACGCCGGUUCGGCCGUCUGGUGCUGCGCCGCCUCGCCGGACGCCUCCAAAAGCGCCGUGGGGCUCGAGCGAAGAGCCGAAGUCCACCACGGAGGUCGGGAGCCCGUGACUGAUGUGUGGACCCGGGGCGAGAACCCGCUCAGCCUCGUGUUCAGCGCCGACGGGAACCUGGUGUACGCGGGGACGCACAAGGGGAGCGUCUUCUGCGUGGAUCUCCGGGACCGUCCAGGCUCGAGGUGCGCGUACGAGGUGGCGGUCGGACGAGGCGUGUCGUACCUCGGGCUCGUCGGACCCGCCGACACGUUGCUGGCCAGUGCGUACGACGGCAAGCUGAUGGCGAUUGACUUGUCAUCGAGGAAGGUAAUCCAGACCUUCCGGGGACACCACAACGACGGGACAAAGAUCCCUUUCAGCUAUGACCGUACGGACUGCACUCUUUGUUCGGCGGGACAGGACGGGGUCACCAGGCUGUGGCGCCUGGGGGCCCAGGACAUGGACGUGCCUCCCCUCACUGCCCUCGUGCCGCCCAAGGAAGCGAAUUCCCACCGGCCGUGGUCCUGGUACUCCAAUUCCUGGAAUGGCCUCCGGACAAAGCCAACCGUCUGUCUCGCCGCUGGCACCAGGGCAUACGUGUUCUCCUGAGAGCUGCUCUGCUGCUCUCGGUGGAGGUCAAGAGAAAUUUAUUCGACGAAACUGGAUGUGCUUUUGUACUUUACCAAGUUGCCAGAAUGAGGAUUGAUCCAAUUUGUGAUAAUUGGUUGCUGUACAAUUCUUGCUCUUCAUUUUCUUUUUUCUCAUUGUUUUUUUUUGUUAUAAAAACACACUCCAGAGACAGCCUAAAAGGGCUGCCAGUGUUGUAAAUAAAACAAUAAAUAAGAAUAGAUGUGGAGGGCAGGGGAGAAGAUAGAAGAAGAAUUCUGUAGUCUCAGGUCUGCCUCAGACGGGGCAACCUUUCCAGCAAUUUUGGAGUUGCUGGCGGGUUGUUCCCUUGCUUUCCCUAGAUCUACACAAAUUGCCGAGAUCGGGUCCGGCUUAAAACUGAUGAGCAAUUUGAACACCUCGGAGACGUUUCAAGCAGCGGCAGCCAAUCAGGGACGCAAUAUUUUCAUGUGACACCCUUGUGGUGGUGGUGAUGACAACUAAUGACUUGGUUCUGGUUUGAAAUGGAUUGUUUCUGGAAAUAAACCUUUUCAAAAAGAUGAA